AUGAGCCUGUCCUGUCCUCGAGCCUGUGCUGACCCUCCUCUCUCUGCAGGAGACCGAGGGGAGAAGGGCGCUCGUGGAGAGAAAGGAGCGUCGUGGGAAGCUGAGCGAUGUGACACAGGACCUCGGAGCUGCAGGGAGCUGCGCACCAGGGGCCACACCCUGAGCGGCUGGCACACCAUCUACCUGCCCGGCUGCCGGCCGCUGACCGUGCUGUGCGACAUGCACACGGACGGCGGGGGCUGGACCGUGAUCCAGCGCAGGGUGGACGGCUCCAUGGACUUCUACCUUGACUGGGCCGCCUACCAGCAGGGCUUUGGCAGCCAGCUGGGCGAGUUCUGGCUGGGCAACGACCACAUCCACGCCCUGACCGCCAAUGGCACCAAUGAGCUCCGUGUGGACCUGGUGGACUUCCAGGGCAAGCGCUACUUUGCCAAGUACCAGUCGUUCAGGGUGGGGAGCGAGGCCGAGAAGUACCAGCUGGUCCUGGGGGCCUUUGCCGGGGGCACCGCCGGUGACUCCCUGACCUAUCACAACAACUCCCUGUUCUCCACCAAAGACCAGGACAACGACGGGACCUCCUCCAACUACGCUGAGAAAUACCAGGGUGCCUGGUGGUUCUACAGCUCCCACUGGUCCGACCUGAAUGGGCGCCACUUCGUGAGCGGGAGCUCUGGGAACGGCAUCUACUGGUGGUCAGCGAAGGGAAACUACUACAGCUACAAGAUGGCCGAGAUGAAGGUGCGGCCCGUGUAGGGUGGUUGGCGGCCUGGAGAGUCUCUGAGCGGGUCCCCAGCCCCCCAGCACGGGCACAGGAGGCCCCCCCGCAAAGGCGGAGCUCACCCCGGGCCCGCCCCUGUACCGUCAGGGACCCUCAGCUUCCAGACCCCGACCGACUCCCGCCUUCCUCUCCCGCCUGCCAGGGUGAGGGUGACCCUGACCUUGCGGACCGCCCGCGUCCUCAAUAAAGCUUCGCCUCACUCCGCAGCACAC